ACUUGAGCUCUGCUCCGGGUUCCAUGUCUCCAACCACCACUUCCCAGAUCUUGGCUAGGAAAAGACGCCGAGGAAUCAUUGAGAAGCGUCGCAGGGAUCGGAUUAACAAUAGCCUGUCUGAGCUAAGGAGGCUGGUGCCGAGUGCCUUUGAAAAGCAGGGAUCGGCCAAACUGGAAAAAGCCGAAAUCUUGCAGAUGACUGUGGAUCAUCUGAAAAUGUUGCACACAGCAGGAGGGAAAGGUUAUUUUGAUGCUCAUGCACUUGCUAUGGACUACAGGAGUCUAGGUUUUCGAGAAUGUUUGGCUGAAGUUGCCCGCUAUCUGAGCAUCAUUGAGGGCCUAGACACUUCCGAUCCUCUUCGUGUCCGCCUCGUGUCUCACCUGAAUAAUUAUGCCUCUCAACGGGAAGCAGCAAGCAGCUCUCAUGCAGGGCUUGGACAGAUUCCAUGGGGCAAUGCUUUUGGACAUCACCCCCACAUCUCCCACCAAUUGCUGCUGUCUCAGAAUGGGCAUACGUCUACAAAUGGCACCAUCUCUUCUGCAGAAGGCCAUCAUCCAAGCAGAAAUGCGGCUCCUCAUGCUGAAUCAUCGUCAUUGAGACUGCCCCCUACGGGUGGCAUUGGACCAGUGCUUCCUGUAGUCACUUCUGCUUCUAAACUCUCUCCCCCUUUGCUGUCCUCCAUGGCUUCCCUUUCUGCGUUUCCUUUUCCUUUUGGUUCGUUCCAUCUGUUGUCCCCUAACACUCUCAGUCCAUCCACGCCAGCACAAUCUGCCAGCCUGGGCAAGCCUUACAGACCAUGGGGGACUGAGAUUGGUGCAUUCUAAGGGGGUAGAGAGGGGGCUGUGUGCAUGUGGUAUGUGUGUGUAAAUAUCCAGCUGAGCUGGGGCCUUUCCAACUUCAGUUCUAAAUUCUCUUUAACAGUUUUUAUGUAAAAGGUACAAUUUUGCUUUUAACAGAGUUUGUACAAAAAAAAGAGUGUUCCUCUUCUUCCUUCCCCAUAAUGUGUUAGCAGUUGGGGGGGGGGGAUUGCCCAAUAUUUAUCCAAAUCUUUAAACCACAGUAGAUGUUAUUUUUAAAAAUAGACUUGUGCUGACUAUCUUAUUAUGUUAGUCAAUUAGUGGAAUUUCUUGAAUGAUCCUGUUUGUCUGAGAACGCUGGGUCUUUUUUUUAAAGAGUAGAAUAUCUUUUUGCUUAGAACAAAAGAGCCUUAACACACAUUUUGUUCUGUUUUUGUCUUUUCUCUCUCUCUCUCUCUCUUUCUUUUGGUGAAACUGAGAUGUUUUUCAAAGGAGACAAUCUUGUGUUAACUAUAUUCUAACUUCUGUAUUUCUGAGCAAAAGCAUUGACAAACCAGAUGGACCUGAUUUAUCUGAGAAGAAGAAUAUAACUUUUGUUACUAGAUCAGUGGUUCAGUCUAGCUUGCAGAUUCUAAUACAUCUUGAUUUCCAUUUUA